AGCCGAGCACUGAUCCAGCAACCAAUGGGAAACAGCGAAACAGGCGCGGAUUAAAGGAUUUGUUACAAGGUGCUUUGUUGUUAUUUUAGUAGCUGCCUUCAAACGACCAGCUGUACACGUUUAGGGCUACAACUUGAAGGAUGAGUCUGUCUUUAAGGACUGAGCUGGCAGUGGAUAAAACCAAGCGGAAGAAGCGGAGAGAACUGACUGAGGAACAGAAGCAUGAAAUCAAAGAGGCUUUUGAGCUGUUUGACACAGACAAAGACAAAGAGAUAGACUACCACGAACUCAAGGUGGCAAUGAGAGCUAUGGGUUUUGAGGUGAAGAAAGUAGAUAUACUGAAGAUACUAAAAGAUUACGACAGAGAGGGGAAUGGCAAAAUAACAUUUGAUGACUUUAAUGAAGUUGUGACAGACCGUAUCCUGGAGAGGGACCCAAAGGAGGAGAUCCUGAAGGCCUUUAAGCUGUUUGAUGAUGACGACUCCGGGAAGAUCAGCCUGAGGAACCUGAGACGUGUGGCCAGAGAGCUAGGAGAGAACAUCACAGAUGAGGAACUACGCAGCAUGAUCGACGAGUUCGAUACAGACGGAGACGGAGAGAUCAACCAGGAGGAUUUUGUAUCCAUAAUGACUGGAGACUCCUGAUUGAAGGGCUGCUGCUCUGGGGGCUUGGCUAGGAGGCUGAGGCUAUAGAUUCACUGUGGGAUGGAUAGGUCCCCCAGGUCACUGAGGGACUGCUAAAUAGCUUACCUUGUCUCCCUUUAUCUACACCGACCGACCAGAACUGACCAGGGGAAGUAGGAGUAGGUAAGGACGCCACUGUAGAGUACUGCGAUUCAAAAUCUCUCCCAAAUAGCACUGCUGUCGCUCCUGUUCUGUUCUUUGUUGGAACAUCUUGUGUGUGUUUACAAUGUGUCUGGUGCAAAUACAACCAAAUAUUGUAUGUUCUUUUCUUUUAGUAGUUUCUUUUCAAAAUUUGAAUAGAUGCACUUGCUGCGCUGUGUAUCCAUACCGUACAGAAAACUGUACAGAUUACAUAACAGGUCAUGUCUCUGAGACAUUCCUUGUAAACUUCAACGUCUUCAAUAGUAUUUCUGGAUGGCGGUUUUAAAUACAAACUGGCUUCACCGACCACAUUUUGUAGUUUAGUAGACUAUUUUUAUUUAAUUCUUACUUUUUCUUUUUAAUGUUAUUUAUUUUACAUAAUAAACACAAUUGACUGACUUCUGCUCUUGGAUCGGUAUGUACGGUGUGGAGCCUCUUGACAAAAUGGGUGCAGACCAAGGUUAUUAUAGUUUUAUUAGUUUGGGUUUUAUUUAUUUUUGUAUUUUAUUUUUAUUUUUUAAUUCAGUUUAUUUUCAGACUUGAUUUACUAGUUUUUAUUCAGUUUUAGUUUUAAAAACAUUUUGUUUUUAGUGUUCUAACAAUGUGAUGGGUCAAUAAUUGAACACAUUUAGGGUGUGUUGUAUGGUUUUCAGCUUUUAACACAUUAAUUGCAAGAACUGACCCAUGUGUCUGAGUAAUCAUUACACAUAAAUUGUGUUGUUCAACCGCAUAUGUUCUAAGAGUGUAGAGACAGAAAGUAGCCUAUGCAUGGGAGGCUAGGAGCCAUGUAGGGAGGCUAGGAGCCACGCAUUUUCUGUAUCAUGCAUGCAAUUUGAGGUCAAAGUGUGCUGGUA